AUGGUUUUAUGUCUAUUACCAGUUCUUCCUCCUGAGUUGAGACCCAUCAUUCAGAUAGAUGGGGGUAAGUUAAUGAGUUCAGAUAUUAAUGAACUCUAUAGAAGAGUUAUCUAUCGGAACAAUACUCUUACUGAUCUAUUAACAACAAGUAGAUCCACGCCAGGGGAAUUAGUAGCCUGA